AUGGCUUCCCGGAAACCCAAAGUCCAAAUUCUACUCUCCGUGGAUUUCGAUGCCGUCUCGGGCUUUCUAGGCACUGGUGCUUCGGCUACAACCAAUCUGGCCGAUUACAGCAGUGGCUUUUUUGCAGCUCAAGUCGGAGUCCCACGCUUAUUGCGCCUGUUUAAGAAACAUGGAAUUAGUUCCUCGGUGACCUGGUUUGUGCCCGGUCAUUCAAUGGAAUCAUUUCCAGAAGAAACCAAAGCAAUUGUUCAGUCGGGUGCCGAAAUCGGCUGUCACGGAUAUGCGCACGAGGGCUCCAGUCAAAUGACUGAAUCGCAGGAGAGAGAAGUCAUCGCCAAAUGUGUGCAGUUGGCAACCGACUUAACUGGAAAGAAACCCCGAGGAUGGAGAGCGCCAUUAUAUCAAUUGCGAACACACACCAUUCAAGUUCUUGAAGAGUUUGGAUUUUUAUACGAUUCCUCUCUCACGCAUCAUGAUUCGUCGUUGUACUUUAUCCCUCGAGUGUCAGAGCCCAAGGCCAUUGACUUUUCGCCUUCCCAGUCUGCUUCUACUUGGAUGAAGCCCCUCCCUGUCCCUGGAGUCAGGACUCCCCAGACUUUGGUUGAAAUUCCAUGCAACUGGUAUAUGGAGGACAUGACACCUCUUGGUUAUCUGCCAGCGGCCCCCAACUCGCAUGGAUUUGUCAGUCCGACCACCAUUGAGCAGAAUUGGAAGUCGCGAUUUGCAUUCCUCUACAGUGAAGCUCUCGAAAAAUCAAUUGAGGAAGAUUCUGAGCAGGGCUUUGUUUUCCCUUUGAUCCUGCACCCCGAUACUAGUGGAAUGGCCCAUGUGGUUGGGAUGAUUGACCGAAUGAUUUCGUGGCUCAAACAGCAGGGAGAUGAGGUUGAAUUUGUGACAUUUGGCGAUUGUGCAGCAGAGUGGAAAAAGAAUGCUUAA